AAAUUUUACUUUCCUAUGGCCUUCUCGACGACCAUGUUGGCUUGGGGAGUGCUGGAAUUUGGCGAGUCAAUGGGUGGAGAUCUGAAGCAUGCGUUGCAAGCAAUUCGAUGGGCCACAGAUUACUUCCUUAAGGCCACAAGCGUCCCAGGCUUAGUCUUUGCUCAAGUUGGUGAUGCAUAUGCCGACCACAACUGCUGGGAGAGGCCUGAAGUCAUGGACACCCCCCGAACUCCCUAUGCUGUUAGCAAGCAAUACCCUGGCUCGGAGGUCUCUGCAGAGAUAGCUGCUGCGCUUGCUGCCUCCUCUUUAGUGUUCAAAACCUACAAUCCUAGAUACUCCAUAAGGCUUCUCAAAGGGGCUGAGAUGGUUUUUACUUUUGCAGACACCUACCAGGGAUCGUACAACUACAGUCUCGGACCAUGGGUGUGCCCAUUCUAUUGUGACUACAGUGGUUAUCAUGAUGAAUUGCUGUGGGGUGCUGCGUGGUUAUAUAAGGCUAGUAACUCACAGUACUACUGGAAUUGUGUCUUGGAAAACAUACACAAUUUGGAGACCAAUGUGGCACAAAAUGAAGACAAUGCCUAUGGUGGUGGCCGCUUUGCUGAAUUUGGGUGGGACACUAAGGAUACUGGCAUUAAUGUACUUGUUUCAAAGCUAGUUAUGUCUAAUAUUGAUUACUCUGCUCUGUUUCGCUCUAAUGCGGAUAAGUUUGUGUGCACUUUACUUCCUGAAUCUCCCAUGAAAACUGUCAAAUACUCACCAGGUGGGCUUCUAUUCAAAUCAGGUGGAAGCAAAAUGCAGCAUCCAACUGUUCUUUCUUUUCUCCUUAUAGUAUAUGCUAGAUAUUUGAGCCAAGUCAGUGAAGUCAUUCAUUGUGGUGACAUUGUUUUGUCCCCUUCUAGGCUUAUACAAGUUGCCAAAAGCCAGGUAGAUUAUAUAUUAGGAAACAACCCAUUAAAUAUGUCAUACAUGGUGGGUUAUGGGAAGAAAUUUGCCCAUAGAAUACAUCAUCGAGCUUCUUCGAUGCCUUCCAUUAAUCAACACCCACAACAGAUCAACUGCGAAGGUGGUUCUGCUUACUACUCGAGCAACAAACCCAAUACUAACUUAUUAAUCGGUGCUGUGGCUGGAGGACCUGAUGAGGAUGAUUCAUAUGCCGAUUCCCGAUCAAAUUUCGUGCAAUCGGAGCCGACUACAUACAUAAAUGCACCCCUUGUUGGCAUUUUAGCCUACUUCAACUCAAAUCUUGUGUGA